AUGAAUGUCCAUUCCCCACAAGAAGAACCACAACAACAACAAAAUGAAGAAGAAGAAGAACCACAACCACAACCACCACCUUUACACUCCAAUGAUAAUAAUGAUAAGAAUGAUAAUGAUGACGAAUACGAGGAGGUAGUGGAAGAGAUGGAAGUGGAUGAGGAAGAGUCGUACUACACAGAUUCCUACGAUGAUGAUGAUGAUGAUGAAGAAGAAGAAACCACAGAAGAAGAAGAAUUCACAGAAGAAGAAGAAGAAGAACAGGAAAAUCUUCUCACAUUUACACGAUUCCCACUAGAUGGAUUACGUGGUCAACAUAUUAUGGUGGUAGUCGCCUUUAACCGUUUUAUUCUUGUUGGGACGAAUCGCGGUGUGGUGGCGCUGUUAGAUGCAUCUGGACUCAUACUUCGCACGCUUGAGAAACACACAGAUCCCAUUAGUGAUGUGAGUUGCAAUGCCAAUGAAGAGUAUGUGGGUUCCUCUGAUAAAGCCGGUGUACUGACCGUACAGAAUUUAUAUGAUGAACGUGAUUUUUAUAGAAAAGAGUUUGAUGCUCCUAUACAAUCUAUGGCUCUUCAUCCCCGCUAUAAUAAAAGUGAUGAUCGUUCUAUUAUAUUAGGUACUGGUGAUAAAGUUGUGUUAAUAGCAAAAACAAUGUUUUUAGGUCAUCGUAAAGCCACUGUUCUGCAAGAACGAAGAGGAAGAGUCUACGCCGUGCGUUGGUGUGGACCGGAUGUAAUUGCAUGGACAAAUGAUCGUGGACUUCACCUGUACAGUUACACGGCGAAGGCUAUCUUGCAAUCUAUACAACGACCGGAAGAGGCAUUGCAAUUGGGAUUAUACCGCUGUUCACUUGUGUGGGAACCCCCGCGUACACUGACGUGUGGUUGGGGCCAUUGGGUGCAAAUUGUUUCUAUUCGUGAACUGCGAAUGGAGGAACGACUGAAGUGGGGAACGGAGUUUAUGUCCCGCACACAUCACGUCGAUGUGCAGCCGGCCAUUCAAACACACACAUUGCGAGAGGCGUAUCGUAUUUGUGGAAUCGCACCCUUUGGGGCUAAUCGGUAUAUUCUCUUGGCAUGUAUAGUUGAACAGGAGGGAUGUGUGAAGGAGUUGGAGGUGCGUAUAGUGGAACGGGAAACAUUUGUAGAUGUUUAUCGUGGACGUCUACAUGCAAAGUAUAAACAUCCACUUCAAUUUAGUUUGGCCUAUUCCUCUGGGAUUACAGCUGGUAUAGGAACAACAACAACAACAACAACAACAGGGACUACAUUAUCAGAGACUACAACAGUUCCUUCUUCUUCUUCUUCUAUUACUAUGGGAUUAAAUUCAUUAUCAGAUUCUAUGUAUUUGAUUGUCUCUGUAGAUGCUAUUGUAAAGGCUAUACCCACAGAUGAUGAUCAUCAUGUAGAGUAUCUUAUUAAAAUACACCACUAUGCAGAAGCAUACGAAUAUGCUUCUUGUCAUUUACUGAAUAGGCAUAAGUUAGAAGAUAUUGGAAGACAAUUUCUUCAACAUCUCUUUUCAGAGAAAAAGUAUGAAGAAGUGGUUUCUCGUUUAAAAGAUAUUAUUGGUAAUAAUUAUGCGGAAUGGGAGCGAUGGAUAUGGCAAUUUGAUCAACAAGGGGUUUCCUACUUAUUAGUUGAUGUACUCCCUAAGAAGGAAAAUACUACUACUACUACUACUACUACUACUACUACUGAUAAAAAUAAUAAUAAUAAUAAUAAUAAUAAUAAUGAUAAUAAUAGUAGUAAUUAUAUUAACGAUAAUAACAAUAAUAAUAAAAGUAGUGAAAAACACGAAGAAAAGGUGAAAACUCGAAUUGGUGAGGAAUAUUAUGAACUUGUCUUACUCCGUUGUUUAGAGAAGGAUGUGAUAUGUUUUCAAUCUGCAGUAAAAAAGUUUAAAGGAAUGUUUCGCCUUGAAGUUGUAUGUCGUGCGGUUGAGUUAAGAUAUAAUGAAUGGAAACUAAAGGGAAAUUCAACUGGUAUAUCAGAUGAACAAACCAAAGCUCUUGGAGAUACAUAUGGUUUACUUUUACAAUUAAGUGGACAAAAUGAUAAAGCUCUUCAGGUUCUUUUACAAGUAGAUCGUAGUGAUCAGUUGUUUACAUUUAUUCGUGAAAAGAAACUCGUUACCAAAACAAUAGAAAUGUUACCUGAACUUUUUGCUAGAAAUGAAGAUAAAGUGAUUCAACUUCUUCUUGAACAUAUACAUGCCGUACAUACAACCACAGAUGAAGAGAAUACAAUAGAAACGAAAUCCAAAUCCGAAUCAUCUUUCUUAUACUUUCCUCCAUCAACUGUUUUACAACGAUUAGAACGAACGGAACGAAAAUAUUUGUGGGCUUAUUUAAAGGCAUUACAGAGUUAUGAUAGAAUUGCUUAUGCAGCUCUAUUAAAAACAAGAGCUCAACUUGUGGCUGCACUUUAUAUAGAGAAUGAACCAUCUGGAUUACUGACAUUCCUUCGUGAGAAUUACACCUAUUUACCAAAGUUAAAAGAAAUAUAUGCAUUAUGUAAAAAACAUCAAUUACUGGAAGAGUCUGUAUUUCUUCUUGCACGUAUGGGAAAGGAAGAAGAAGGACUUCGUACGAUUGUAUAUGAUAUGAAAAAUAUGAAGAAAGCUGUACAAUUUAUUGCCGAUGUCCCAAAUGCAGAUGAUCAACUUGAACUUUAUAAAAAACUUGUUCAUAUGGUAUUUGAGGUAAACUCUACAUUACCUAGUUAUAAGGGAGAAAAAUAUUUUGAACACCGAGUAACAGAAGGUGAGACUUGGGCUAGUAUAGCAAAGAAGUAUGAUAUUGAAGAAGAAGCAUUACGUAUGGCUAAUAGUUCUUUUAGGUCAACCUCUGAUGGUAAUAGUAGUACUACUAUUAAUAGUAAUAGUAAUGCUAUGGUUAACAGUAAUAAUAAUAAUAAUAAUAAUGAUAAAAGUAUUAGUCGUUUGGUUCCUCCAAAUAGUUCUUGUAUUGUACCUUUGAACUUAAUGCAAUCAUUACUAAAAGCUGUUGUGGAUCCAUGUUAUAAUGGUCUCCAUAUUCAACUAGAUCCUGCUUAUGUUAUUGAGUUAAUGCCAGAGAAUGAACCUAUGCCUCAUAUUGGUAACUGUAUUGCUAAUGUACUGUGUAGUAAAGCCAAUGAUGUGCGGUUUAUGGAAGCGGUUGUGCAAGUGGCUGUGAGUGAUUUGGGGGAAUACUGCAGUACAUUACGCCGACGUCGAGCUGCGGCUAUUCGUGUAGAGCCUGGUGUAUCUAUCUGUCCUAUCUGUCAUCAACCCGCAUUAACAGGAGUUGUGGUGUUUGCCUGUUCACAUGCCUAUCACGGUCAUUGUGUGAUGAGUUAUUUAGCGGAUGAGGAUGCCUUAAUGACUCAGCCAUCGCAACUGGACGUUGGAAGUUUUUUUAAACGACCGGAAAAAUAUUUGAAGACAAGAGUGCGAGAGACAUCACCAUGUUGUAUUCUAUGCCAUCAGUUGAAAGAGACUGUGAAGUAA